UGUCCGAGUGCCCUCUGCCUCUGAGAAAUGCCUCCCCUCUUCCCACUAGUGCUGGAGGGAGACAACUGCGUGUUUGAUGGGAUGAUUUAUCGCAACGGGGAGACGUUCCAGCCCAGCUGCAAGUACCAGUGCACCUGCCGCGACGGCCAGAUCGGCUGCCUGCCCCGCUGCAACCUGGACCUGCUGCUCCCCGGCCCCGACUGCCCCUUCCCCAGAAAAGUCGAAGUCCCUGGAGAGUGCUGUGAGAAGUGGGUCUGCGACCCUGACGAUGAAGUGAUUUUGGGAGGUUUUGCUAUGGCUGCCUACAGGCAAGAGGCCACACUCGGGAUUGAUGUGUCAGAUUCAAGUGCCAAUUGUAUUGAGCAGACAACAGAAUGGAGUGCUUGUUCCAAGAGCUGUGGAAUGGGCUUUUCCACCCGGGUUACCAACAGGAAUCAGCAGUGUGAAAUGGUGAAGCAGACACGGCUUUGCACGAUAAGACCUUGUGAAAAUGAAGAGUUGCCUGAUAAGAAGGGGAAGAAAUGUAUCCGGACGAAGAAGUCUGUGAGGGCUGUUCGCUACGAGUACAAGAACUGCACGAGUGUGCAGACGUACAGACCGCGUUACUGCGGCCUCUGCAGCGACGGGCGCUGCUGCACCCCACACAACACCAAAACCAUCCAGGUUGAGUUCCGCUGCCCCCAGGGCAAAGUCCUAAAAAAGCCAGUGAUGAUGAUCAAUACCUGUGUCUGUCACAACAACUGUCCUCAGAGUAACGUUGUUUUCUUCCAGCCGUUAGAUCCCACAUCUAGUGAAGCAAAAAUAUGAACAGUAUGAAUUGAUAGUGCAAAAAGUAUAAGCAGGUUAUACAAAACUUGACCCACAAUCAGGUGAAUGUAACAGUUGCAUAUAUGAAAAUUCUAAAAUAUUUUUCAGAACGGUCUUUCAAACUAAGUGAUUUUUUUCCCCCAUAGCUUAUUAAAUACCUCAUUUUACAUUUAUCCCCUCCAAAUGUCUUUUAUUCACUUGAAGGAAAUUUUGUACCUUGGACAGAGCCUUCUUUUUUUCUUGAUGGUGGCAUAAAGAUUACAAAGCCAACAGCUAGAAUUACCCCUUGAGUUAAGGGGAUCAUGCUGCAAGUGGUUGUAAGACUGGGCUGCUUGAGAGUAAAUGUGUUCCUUGAGGAAUACAUAAUACUGCAUCACAUAAGCUUCCAGGCUCUUAACUUCACUUUCUGUACUGCAUAUAAACACUCCAGCAGUGUUCUUCUUUCUUUUUAAUGAAACUCUGUUUUUUGAUGACAGUAAAAAUCUUACUGAUGAAAGUGUUACAUUCUUGUGGCUUAUAAAGUACCUUCUGUUCAUACCUCUGACUCUGAGGAUUAAGAUUGCAUAUAGCCUCUGAAAUGACAUAGGUAAGAUCUCUUAUCCUGAAGUACAGCAGGUUGAUAGCUGACAGCAAUUAAAUUUCUCUUUGGUAACUUCACCAGCAGUCUAAUCCAAAACCAAAACUGAAGUCAGUGUUGUAUAAGAAUUUGGUUCUAAUCCGUGUGUGUCUGUAGAUGUAACUAUUUGGAUGCAAAAAUAAUAUAUCUGUAAAUCCGCUAAAAUACUAACUGUAUCAUAUGGUGCUUCAUUUCUUAGGUGUAUAUGUAAAUAGAAACUGUACAUACUGUAAUAUACCUUUACUAAGUAAAUAAACUUUAUAUGAUUCAAAAUA